CCUGCAGACACACAGGACUGAUUAUGGGUGGAGUCUUUACUGAAGUCGCUCUGUAGUAUAAAUGACCAGGUCUCUCUUUUUAUACACAGACUUGGGCAAGACACCAACUGCUGAUCCGACGGACAUUCACAGGAACAAGCUGAGGAGUCACGAUGACGCAAGAUGUCCUCUUGACUGUGCUGAAAGAGUUGGGAAAAGAGGAUUUCGAGGACUUCAAAUGGCAUCUGCAGAAGGACGACUGCCUCGAAGGCCACCCAACCAUCUCAAAGGGCAAGCUGGAGAAGGCAGAGAGGCGGGACACAGUGGAUCUGAUGGUGCAGACCUACACACUCCCUGAAGCUGUGAAGGUGACCAGAAAGCUUUUGAAGAAGAUCAAAAGGAACGAUCUGGUGCAGCAUUUGUCUGACAGCAGCUCAGGAGCAGGAGCCUCAGCCCCCAAGCAUCCGGCAAACUCAGGAACGACGCCGCUGGCUGACGAACUCGAGGAUCCACACAGGAGACUGGACACUGGCAGUCCGACCACAGUGGGGGGCGGCCAUCUGAGAGAGCAGGACCUGAGCAGCAAUCACCUUGGAGACCCAGGAGUGAAGCUGCUGUCUGCUGGACUUGAGGAUCCACACGGGAGAAUGGGUACUGUCAGGUUGGAACAUGGUGGAGAGCAGAGGCUGAAACCUGGUCUGAGGAAGUAUGCCUGUGAACUCACACUGGACACAAACACAGUACACAGAAACCUCAAACUGUCUGACGACAACAGGAAGGUGACAUUAGUGAGAGAGAAGCUGCCAUAUCCUGAUCAUCCAGAGAGGUUUGACCACUAUUAUCAGCUGCUGUGUAGAAAUGGUCUGACUGGUCGCUGUUACUGGGAGGUCGAGUGGGAAGGAAGGGUUGAUAUAUCAGUGAGUUACAGAGGAAUCAGAAGGAGUGGAAACAGUGAUGACUGCAGGUUUGGAGGAAAUAAUCAGUCCUGGAGUCUGAUGUGCUCUGAUGAUGGUGGUUACUCUGUCUGGCACAAUAACAGAAGAACAGUCCUCUCCUCCUCCUCCAUCUCUCACAGAGCAGCAGUGUAUGUGGACUGUCCUGCUGGCACUCUGUCCUUCUACAGAGUCUCCUCUGACACACUGAUCCACCUCCACACCUUCAACACCACAUUCACUGAACCUCUUUAUCCUGGCUUUGGUUUCUGGUUUUGGUCUGGUUCCUCAGUGUCUCUGUGUUCACUGUAGGAGGGAGAGUCUCCUCCUGUUAGAGAAACACUCACACUGCUGACAAACACACCAUCUUUCUGUAAGUCAUACUGACUCAUAAUCAUAAGAGAACAUCUUCUCUUUUUCGUUAAAUGAGAUGAGUUUUUAUUAUUCAUGACGUUGAUCAUUAAAGGUUGAAAUGUUUCUUUAUUUGAGUUAUUUCCAGUACAUUUCUAGUAAAUGUCUGUAUGUGAAUGGAUGGAUGGGAGUGUCAGUGUUCAGGGAUAUAAGAACCAUGUUGAUGCGACAUUCUGAGUCUUUAUACUCUCAACAAAUGGACUGAUAGUAGGGAACAUAAAACUAAUAACAUAAAAGAUAGAAUUAUAUGUAUUUAGUCACUCCAGCUGUUUUAAAUCUCCAUUUGGGUUGAAUAAGUUCAGAGUUGUUAGUACCACACUUCCCAUCAUGCUUUGGGUGAUGCAAACAGGAGUCAGACCAGACUGAGUCCACAUUAAAAGAUCCCCUCCAGACAUUUUUUAAAACACAUAAAAAUAAAUCUGCUUUAAAUAUU